AUGGGAAGUAAUAGGUUUUUCUUCAUCGAACCAGAUGGGGGCUCGUUCGGCUCUUUCUCUAUGGAUCCACUUUUGCCACAGAGCGCCCAUUGGCUAGCUCAUAUUGCUUCAAUGGUUGACAAUUCGAGACAUCUUUUCGUGCCCGGAAGUUUGGUUCUUCAGGAUGCUUUCAACUGUAUGUCUAAAUUUGCGUGCGCUUUAGUUGUAAGGUUUGCGAGCGGGUCGAAUUGCAAUAUCAACCGUAAAUUGCCUGGGAAUCAUCUUGGUUCUCACUCAAAUGCUUCUUCUACUCAAGUAAAGCAUAUUUCCUCUGUAAGACAAGAUGUAAGCAGAUUUUUCUGGAAUUCAAAGCAUAGAAUGAAAUCCGGUAUUCCAGUGGUGUUUGGUAAGGUAUCGAGUUUUGCUUUGAAACAAAUUUGUAAAGAAGCUGAACGUCUUCAGUGUUUUCCAGUGCUAUCAUUGGCGGCUGCAUUAGUGCCGCCAUUUACUAACAUCUCGUCAAAUGUCUUGGCAAUCCCAACAGAAACUAGUUCUUUUGAAGCCCAAAGUUGCAUGGAUCGAAACCCGUGCGAGAUUGAAAAUCGAAGUUGUGGACCUUCUGGUGGUCCUUUUUUCCAGAAUUUAGCUUGGGAUGAUAACAAGACAGUCGAGCCAAGGACAGGUGUCGAGUUCCCGACCAUGUUGGGGGACUUCAUGUCUGGGGAAAGUAAUUCCAGUUUCACUCCUGAGGUACUUGUGGGAACUGGUUCAAGAACAAUGAAAAUUAUAAGAAUCAAAACUCUGAAAGUCUAUGCAUUUGCUUUCUAUGUUCACCCAUUUGACGUGUGUGAAAAAUUGGGCUCGAAGUAUGCCUGCAUUCCAGAAGAUGAAUUGAACAAGUGCCAAGAUUUUUAUCGUGAUCUUCUUAGGGAGGAUAUCAACAUGACUAUUAGGCUUGUGAUUAAUUGCAACGGUAUCAAAAUCAAUACUGUGAAAGAUAUUUCACAUGCCCUCUCCUUACAAAUUUGUCGCUAUUUUCAGACAAAUCCUCAAGCUGAUUUUAGCUGCCUACAAACUUUUGGUUCCAUUUUCUCACAGGAUAUUCCCUUGCACGUGGGUACAACAAUUAACUUCCGGCGUACGGCUGACGGACAUCUAAUUACUGAAGUUGGAGGAAAAAAUAUCGGAGCUGUCCACAGCAAAGAUUUAUGUAGGGCCUUUUUCGACAUGUACAUUGGUGAAAUUCCAAUGUGUGAGCAAACGAAAGAAGAAAUCGGGAAAAAUGUGGCGAGUAUCAUGAGAAUGUGUUGA